GUUAGAGAAGAAGAAGCGCUACCUUUUUUUUUUUUUUUCUUUCCUGCUGCCGCCCCCUCCCUCCUCCCGUCGCACCGGCCCGGGCCGGCCGAGGACGCCCGACUCCUGCCGGGCAUCGAGGCUGGCACACGGCGGGGUACCGGGACCUCUCUGCUGCUCCGCUGCUAGCGGGCUUUUCUCUCCCCGGAGGCGGUCACCGGCAUUACCUCUGCUCUGCUACGCUUUCAUACUCAGUGGGCGGAGAGUUAUGGCUCAGAUGUUGCAGAUGGCGAUCCCCAACUUUGGCAACAACGUCCUGGAGUGUCUGAAUGAGCAGCGGCUGCAGGGCCUCUACUGUGAUGUCUCCGUGGUCGUCAAGGGACACGCCUUCAAGGCUCACCGUGCCGUGCUGGCAGCCAGCAGCUCGUACUUCCGGGAUCUGUUCAAUGCCGGUGGGAGGAGCUCGGUGGUGGAGCUGCCUCCGGCCGUGCAGCCACAGAGCUUCCAGCAGAUUCUAGCUUUCUGCUACACAGGACGCCUCAGCAUGAAUGUGGGAGACCAGUUCCUCCUCAUGUACACUGCCGGCUUCCUCCAGAUCCAACAGAUCAUGGAGAAAGGCACAGAGUUUUUCCUCAAGGUCUCCUCUCCGAGCUGUGACUCCCAGGGCCUCCACACUGAGGAAACGCCGCCCUCUGAGCCCCAGAGCCCCGUCACUCAAACAGUAGUCGGGGGUGGAGUUGGCGUAGUUGCAACGGCCGCAGGAAGGCCCGCUUCGUGUUUGACGCCUCUACCUUUGGUGUCCAAAGUAAAGAUGGAACAGACAGCCACAAUGCCUCAGCCCGUCCCACAGCAACAGGAAGGGUCGCCCUACUCGGUGGUCUGCACCCCGGUGGCAAAGCGGCUGUGGGAGGGGAGCAACCGUGACGGGGGAGGAGGGUCUGGAGGGGGCGGGGGAGGUGGGAUGAGGAAGGCUGCACGAUAUUCUUCCUCUUCUUCUUCUUCCUCUUCCUCCAACAACAUUCCCCAGGAGGCCACCGGACGUGGCUCGGCAGUCGGCACCCAUCUGGUGGGCGGCAGUACCACGUCGCUGGGAGGCACCGGACUCAACAGUAACCACAACAGUAAUAACAACAACAACAAUGGCGGGACCCCCGAGGUCACCAGCCCGGGCACACUGAGCAUGUACACCAGCGAUUCGCCCAUCAGUUACCACGACGAUGAGGAGGAGGACGACAUAGCCGACGAGAGCACCGAAGAGCAGUAUAGGCAGAUCUGCAACAUGUACACCAUGUACAGCAUGCUGAACGCCAGCGCUGCGGUUGUCGGGGAGAGAGUGGAAGCUCUGCCAGACUUGGCGCCGGACUCAGGCGGCGGGCGGGGGGGCAGAGGGUGCCGCUCCCGGCAAGACCUGGCAUCAUUACCCGCCGAGCUCAUCAGCCAGAUAGGCAACCGCUGCCACCCUAAGCUGUACGAGGAGGGUGACCCCGUGGAGAAGCUGGAGCUGGUGAGCGGCACCUCGGUAUUCAUCUCCCGUGCCCAGCUCAUGAACUGCCACGUCAGCGCCGGCACCCGCCACAAAGUGCUGCUCAGACGUCUGCUGGCUGCGUUCUUUGACAGAAGCACUUUGGCUAACAGCUGUGGAACUGGCAUCCGUUCUUCAACCAAUGACCCCAGUCGCAAACCCCUGGACAACAGAGUGCUGCACGCUGUCAAAUUCUACUGCCAGAACUUUGCGCCGAGCUUCAAGGAGAGUGAGAUGAACGCCAUUGCCGCCGACAUGUGCACCAAUGCUCGCCGCGUCGUCCGCAAGAGCUGGAUCCCCAAGCUUAAAUUGCUGAUGGCCGACAGCGACGCCUACUCCGCGUUCUUGGCCGACAGCGUAAAGAUGGAGGCUGACGCUCUGGGGGCAGAGCAAGGCUUUGACCCCGCCUCGCUGGAAGCCGUGGCGGCAGCAGCUGCUAACAGUAAUGACGCAGGAGGUGGAGCUACACCAGCAGACACCCUGCAGGGAGCCGGAGGAGACGGUAGCACUUUGUUUUGAGUGAGUGAACGGACAGAUGAAUGAAUGAGCAGAUGGACAGACUGAGUGAGGGAGGGGUGGCGUUUUAUGGGCCACUCCUCCACUAGCCACCACAUUUUUGGGGACUCUUCUUUUGCGCCUGUCAUUCUGUUUGGUUGUCCACAUUUCUGGUCAUGAUCCAGAACCCCUCGCUCUGGACGGAUAUGUCUGGUGGAGAGAGAUAGAAAAUGGGUUGGAAGAACGGCUUCAGAGAGUGGUGAUUUGUUUGAUUCCCCCCAAACACAUCACCUCUCUGCUUCUGCCUUUCUAGAGCUGAUUGUUUCAGCCUUUUUUCUUUUUUUGUUUUUAUUGUUAAUGUACUGUCAUUGAGGCUUUUCUCGUUAGCCAACCAUAGACAUUCCCUGGGCAGGGUAACGGGGUGGGGGGCGGGGUUGGUCUUACACUCCGGUAACACUGUUGUUUUAAUAUUGAAUGUAUGUGUGGCGAAGCGUCCGGAUCGCCGUGGAGGCCCAGUGCGAUUGUACAGUUUGUUUCCGUUUCUGGACGAAAGCUUUUCAGAGAGAAUGUGGGGUUGACGUGAAUUUAAUAUGUAUAUUAGCAUAGUUUACAGUCUCCCCAACCUUCACCUGACCCAACGUUACUGCACCUGAAAGGCACCAGUAUACUUCAAAAGGUGUGCAGAAUAGUCCCUAAAAAACAUUUGGCCUUGCAGUGCCAUUGUUUGCCAGCAGCAGUUGUGGGAUGGCGGCACGUCACUUUGCGUCACCACCUCAUAGCGCUGGAAAUAACCUUGAAAAAGUAAAUUAUUAAAAGGUUAUCCACCAGGUGGCAGAUUCAUGUUCAAUCUGGUCACUGUCAUUGCAGCGCCAUAUGGUGACAAUAUUUCCGAAGACCUGUGGUAGGGAUGCGAGAUAUGACCUAAAAUUAAUAUCGUCAUAGUUUUUCCCAACCUCUGAGCUGCAGAUAGGUCAAAGUCAUUCUUGAUUUCUCAAUGAAUGUACAGUUUGUGUUAUUUUUUUGUCAGCAUUAUUUUUCAUUGGCAUCAUUUAAACAAUAGCUCUGGCCGGGCAGGGGUUCUCGUUGGCCUGAUUAUUCAGUGUUGAUGGUAUUACACGGUCUGUAUGGUGGCACACUAUGACACCGGCCAGGACUAUGCCACCGUUGUACCACCCACCCACCCUCUAGCUUCAUUUUGCUGAAUUUUUGUAACUUUCGGGUAUCGCUCCCAUGAUUAUACUAGUUAUAAGGUAAUACUGCCCCUGUGGUUAUGACAGGUAUUGCAGCUUCAUGUAAUUUUAGAAGAAUGACUCAUGCAGAACAUGUAACCUUAGCAGCUCUGUUUGCAAAUGUCUUUGUUUUGUUAGCGCUAGCAUGCUGGAAACACAUUGCUUCAUUGCACUGAAGCUAAUGACCACUUUAACCUAGCGCAUCGGCCAUUCGGUCAUGACCCAGGCGGUCAUGUUCUCUUGUGACCCCUGUGAUGGAGAGGUCAGCUGUGAGAAAAAGCAGAUAUUUAAUUAUUUUUGUGUAAAAACAAGAAUUGGUAAGAUUGGAGGCGAACGUUGUUGUUCUUCUUCUGAAGUAUACUGGAGCCUUAAUCUGCGAUAGGACGCCGGGCAGUGACUCAUCAGCGAAACUGCUGAGGAAGGAAAGUUAUUUCUGCGCCAACAAGGCAGCAUUUUUGGCUCUAAAAACCUCAAAAGCUUUAUUGGCUGGUAAAAUUUUCACCUGCUGUCUCACCGGCACACAGAAG